CACUCAUAUGAAUUUUUCAAAACUUAUUGCUUUUCUUCAUCUUCCACAUUUCUUUUACCUUGCAGGUCUGGAAGGAAAAUGACAGAAGAAAACAGCACCACAAAAGUCAAGGAUUUUGUCUUUGUAAGUUUCACCAACAAGCCUGUCCUGAAGAUCAUCCUUUUUUUGGUGUUCCUGGUCUUUUACAUGGCUACAUUGGUGGGCAAUAUAGGAAUGAUUGCUUUAAUAAGGGCCAGCCCCCAACUCCACACUCCAAUGUACUUCUUCCUCAGCAAUCUGUCCUUUAUAGAUUCAUUAUUCUCCUCUGUGGUUGCCUGUAAGUCUUUGGUGAAUUUCCUGGAAGAUAAGAAAUCCAUUUCCUUUAUUGGGUGUGCCAUGCAGAUGUACUUUGUCAUAGGCUUGGCGAGUGCGGAGUGCUUUCUCCUUGCAGCAAUGGCCUAUGACCGAUACGUGGCUAUCUGCAAACCUUUGCAGUACCCAGUCCUCAUGUCUCCCAGAGCCUGCAUUCUUCUGAUGGCAGGUUCCUAUCUCCUGGGCUUUUUCCAUUCCCUUCUACAUACCAUUUUCACUUUCAGAUUGUCCUUCUGUCGGUCUGAGAUCAAUCAAGUAUAUUGUGACAUCACAGCCCUUCUAUUACUCUCCUGUACUGACACUCACCUAAAUGAACUUCUCAUUUUUUAUGUGGCUGGACUGGUAGAAACAACUACCGUGCUGUGUGUUUUGCUUUCAUAUAUAUAUAUUCUUGCCAACAUUAUGAGGAUCAGUUCAGCUUCAGGCAGGCUGAAAACCUUCUCCACUUGCACUUCACACCUAACUGCAGUUACCAUCUUCCACGGGGCAAUCCUCAUUUUACAUUUCCGAUCAAAAUCAAGCAAUGGAUCCCCCAUCCAGGACGUGAGUGACAAAAUUCUUGCUAUUUUCUAUACAAUUGUUAUCCCUCUGCUGAACCCUUUGAUUUACAGCCUGAGAAACAAGGAGGUGAAGGACGCCUUAAGAUGUUUUUGGAGAAGAGCAUGGACAAAAUAAAUACAUUUUUUUUAAAAAAGCAAACAAACAGCUUUAUUUAUUUAUCAGAUUUUUAUCCCACUUUUAUUACUUUAUAAGUAACUCAAUAUACGUUCCUCCUCUUUUGCCCACAAGUACCUUACGAGAGUCCCAAAGACGCUUUUUC